UGUGUGUUUACUGCUUUGAUCAUUACAAUGACCUCGUCUUACGCUGAAAGUACAUCAAUGGUUCCUAAACAGCUUGAGGAUCUCCAGAACCUGCUUAGUUCCCAUGACUGUAAGAGACCUAUCGCAGAAGAUGGUGAUGCACACAGUUCACUCACGAAGAAGAGGAGAUUACGAUCCGACACCUUCAACACCCCAGAGACCACCCCAAUUCAUAAGGGCUCCAAGAUCUCCGUGAUAUCACCUGCUUCUGCUGACCAGAAAGGUGUUAAGAAGCUGGACUUCACUGAGCACGUCCAGAUUAAGAAGGAAGCCAGCCACGUGAAGGUUGAAGAACAACUCACAGUUGAAAUCCCCACACCUCCAGUCACUCCACAGAAAGACGAGGAGAACAAGGAGAACGUUGUUCCUACGUCCAAGCCGCAGUCGAUCUACCUACGUGCUAAGGCAACUUUCCAGCGCUCUUCACCUGUGAAGUUCUCAUCUGUUCUACCAGAGAGAAACGUAGAAGCAAAUGCAUUGAAGAAUUUUUUCAUGUCACACAUCAAAGAAGGGCAGGCAUCAUCUUUGUACGUCUCUGGGCCCCCAGGUACCGGGAAGACAGCCCAGCUCAACUUGACUCUGAGCGAAUUCAUCGAUAUGGAAUCCACUGAAAAGCUACAACAAGUAGAGAUUGAUGGGAAGGACUACACUCUGGGAUACUCGUAUAUCAACUGUAUGACAGUAUCAAAGACCAGCAAUAUCUACAGUGAAAUAUACACGGCCUUAACGGGAGAAAAGGUCCAUAUCAAGCAGUCUAGAGACCAGCUACAAUCGUUCUUAUCAAGUGACAAGGCUCAUAUGUCCAUUAUAAUACUUGAUGAAUUAGAUCAACUGCUGGGGAAGCAAAAUGACGAAGUCUUCACCCUAUUUUCAUGGGCAUUGAAUUGCAACAUUAUUCUUGUCGGCAUUUCCAAUGCGCUAGAUAUGGUCGAUAGACUGUUGCCGAGACUGAAGAUGAAUGGGCUCAGUCCGAAUACUUUAGUGUUCAUGCCAUAUACAGCAGAUCAAAUUGCAAGAAUCAUCAAAGCAAAGAUUGAGACGAUAGAAAUGGAAUCACAUGAACUUGGAUUCGAACUAUUCCAUCCUGCUGCUAUUCAAUUAUGUGCAAGAAAGAGUGCUUCAAACACAGGUGACUUGAGAAAGGCUUUCGAUAUAUGCCGUUGUGCCAUUGAGCUUGUCGAGAGGGAGACACGGGGCUUAAACAUCCUCAAAGAUAGAGGUGAUAAGCAGUUACAGAGUGUCAAAAUCCAACACAUUGCUAGAGUUAUAAACACCGUGUUUAAUACGAACCAAAUGAGCAAACUAAGGGAAUUGAACUUGCAACAGAAACUACUCGUUUGUCUCUUAAUUAAAGCUGAAGGUGCAAAUCCAUUCCAGACUUUAACCAUGAAUGCCUUCUAUGAAUACUAUAUCAAAAACGGCAAAGUUGAUAACCUCGUUGGUUUACUGAAGAAAGCAGAGUUCCUGGAAGCAUUGAGCAGUUUGGAAGCGAACUCAGUGGUCAGGGUAAACAAGAGUCCAAGGGCAUUCAGUGAGUCUAAGAUCUCCAGUUCAGUGGUGAAAAAAGACCUCGCAAGUGUCAUUAAGGGUAUCUAUAUAUUGGAGAAGUUGAUGGCAGAUUCUGAAUUGUUAGCCAAUUGAGUUAAUAAUAGUAAUGAUAAACAAAUAUGUGUUAUACGAUCCAGAUAUUCUCAAAUAGUCAUUGGUCCAACUAAAAUGGUUUCAUAGCCAUUGCUUCUUGUAUAACUGUUCAAAUCAACAACCUUCUCCGCAAGUAACAU